GAUUCCGUCAGGCAAAAUGUCCAUCAGCAGAUCGGUUUGCUUUCGAGGACAUUGGUGCCAACUCCGACCAUCCGUUUCAUACUUCCGGCACGAAUCCGAUCGCCAAGAAAAGAUGAUUAUAUCUGUAUAGGCCGGGACUUUAUUCAACUCUAUGAGAUCGAUUCCGAAGCCCAUGUUACUCACAUCGCGACAAAGAGUGACUUUGAUGGAGAGAUUGGCUCAGCCAAUGUUUUUGGGUACUUCGAUCCGUACGAGAGCGAAUCUAGAGAGUAUCCCAACAACACAAAUGGUUGUAGCAAUUCUUCUGAAAGUCCCAUCGGCCCACAGUUACUGGCUUUCACCCUUAUCGACACCGAACAGCUGUUCUUCCUUGCAGCUUCGGAAACCGAAGACGGCGAUGUUGCAUUCAGGGUGUUGUGCGUACCUAUGCCUAUAUUCGUCAACCCGCCGCGAGUUCACGGAAAUGCUAUAGCUGUGGAUCCGUUUUCUCGAGCUCUGGCAGUGGCAAUUGGCGACCAAAAGGUUUUCGUAUGUUAUGCAGAUCAAGCAGAACUACUAAGCGCAGGGCAACAGAAAUGGGACGAUGGAUACAUCCCUGUCUCUAGCUCUCAGACGAUCAAAGAAGUUCCUGGCACCAUCCUGCUGAUGGAUUUCCUUUACCCUCCAAGAAACGAUCCAGAUCGGCUUAUACUACUCAUGAUAUGCUUGGUUGAUGGCGUCGUACGACCGGUAUGGGUCGACUGGUCAAAGUCUGAGGAACCCAAACAUGCGGUAAUCAACAAAAGUACCAAGAUCAUCUUGCGUAAUGCAGCUUUUGUACUCGCUACCGCAGCCGGCAUCAGGAUCUGCGAGAAUAUCUUGACCAAAUCAAUUCACAUAACUGCUCUCAUUAUUGAUCGAGAGGAUCCACCAGAACACUAUCCGCCCUCUUCAUAUAACCCGCUUUGGUGCAAAUGGGUACGACCCAGGAGAUUGAGCGAAUACGAUGAAGAGGACUACAUCUACUUGAUCUCCGAGGACGGCAAUAUCUAUUAUCUGGUGUUUGAACAGGACUCGCCGAGCGAAGGCGUCGUCAUAAAUUAUGUCGGAAGGUUGGAAUGUCAUGUAGACUCGGCAUGCGCGCCAUUCGGAAAGUCAAACCAGGGUGAUAUCUUGGUUUUCCACGGUGCGUCAAGCACCGGUUGUGUUUGGAUGUGCCGUCAAGCUCCAACCUCUGAUUCAGAGCCACGAGGAGGCAUGCACGGCUUCUCCGUUUCUCCUUUACCGAAUUGGUCGGAGAAUCUGGAUUUGAUAGCUAAACCUACGUCACGCAAGAGAGUACCGCUGUAUUCGAGAGACGCUCUAUUUGCGCCUAGCGGCCGACAACCUUACGGCCACAUCACAGAGCUACGGAUGGGUCUCGAAGCACGCAUUGGCGCUCGUGUUGAGGGACACGCUCCAUUCAGUAUUGUGUCGCAUGUGUGGAUUCUCCCUGUUCCAGAUGAGGGAGUUUUCUUCGUCGUUCUUUCCAGCCCAGGACAGACCUACGUUUUAUCAAUACCGCAAUCCUCCGACGGCGACGACUUGCAUGAUUUACAGGCUGUGGGGACUGUUGGUCUCGACAUGCAACAUUCAACUCUCGCCUUGGCAAUGCUAGCAGAGAAUUGUGUUUUCCAAAUCACAGAAUCUGCAGCCUCGUUCAGUCGCAAUGCCCAACACAGUCUGCACGUUGAGCAUUGGCCAGCAGGAUACAAAGCUGUCGCGGCCGCGAUCGAGGAUAACAUCCCGUGUGCGGUCAUUGCACUGCGACGCGAAGGCAAGUCAGAAAUUCGAUUACUCAAAGUUGACGAUCUCGACGACGUCAAUGACGAGACAGUAUCUGUUUCAGAGCUUGGCAGACCGGUACAGACAGAGUGUGAAAUCAUAUCCUUGGCUAUCCACUCUACCCAAAUGUUGACGUUCGUCAUCGCUGGCAACUCCAACGGAACACUGCAUAUCUUCAGAGUAUCUCCCAGGAACGGUCUUGAACCUUAUCUGGAGCAUGAGAUUCUUCAGAACCCCGAUCAUUUGGAUGACCUCGAGGCCUUGAAUGCCUGCGAAGAUAUUCUUGUCCUCGGCGGGCAAGUGUCAUCGGAGAAGCCUGCCGAUCUUAUGGUUCUUUGUGGCUUGCGAGGUGGUUCGAUCUAUGCGCUUGAGCUUCAAAUCGGUCUUGAUGCACUCGCAACGUGUGGCGAUGGUUUCUUUAGCAUCGCUAUGAAAGACGCUAAACUGGACGCCAUAGACAUUUUUGAUGUUUACCUGACAGAUAACCCGCGUAGCUUCCAACAAGAUUCUAUUGCGGCUAUGACAAUGAUUCCAUAUUCUGAGAUCUCACCCCUCUCUGAAGCCCUUAUCGUCAUCUCAGGAGACUCCUGCUUCGUCACAGCGGUAUCCGAGAAGCGACAAAUCGUUCCGAACGAGACCGAUGUACAUGGAUCUCCUCAUACAUUGAUCGAAUCCAGGCCAUUCAACUGCAUGGUCAGCGCAUCUUCGUAUGUAUGGAAGCGUUCGCCAACAACCAGGGCUGUACGAGAUGUGGUCCAGUUCAGCUCGAGCACCUUGAAAUGUAUGUGGGAAACAGACAUCGGAUGGAAAGUCCAUUCCAUGUCCGAAUGGUCUUUCAGACGAACACCCGACGCUGCACCACACGUCUGGAUCGCAGUUGCUAUGGGUCGAGCCACUCGUUUCGCCGAGAUCGCUGCUUCCCGAUCGACCAACGGAAGAAUUUUCUUGCUUCGGCCUUUGUCCAUGACUGGGCAAUGCGGUGUUCAAGCGUCACAGAUUAAGCAGUUUGAUUCUCCGGUGACAGCAAUUGCCGCCUAUGGCGAUAAAGAUAUUGUGGCUUGCUCCGGCACGAAAGUGUACUUCUUCCAGUACAACACCCAAGNNAAUCAAGGUGAGUUUCUGCAUGGCCGUUUCUCAUAUCGUCUGACUGACUGUAUCUCGAGGUUCGAUGAAGUAUGCAAUUUCGUCAUGCAUAGUCCGGGUAUCCGCGUUACGACGGCGCCACCACAUAUACACAUCACCACCGAGCGUGACUCGACGCUCACGCUCCAGCUGAUAGACAAUCCAAGUGUAUUCAACUCUAAACUACUGCGAAACGUUGCCAGGGGUGAUGGAGCUAGGCAAUCGACAAGUCACACUACUGUUGACAUCUCUCACGCUGACCAAACAACGUCGAGCUUCAACCUGACCAGUACACUCAACGGAGAGCUUGUGGGCUUGAGAAUCCCGGAUCCCAGCCAAGCACCCAGGAUCGCUACACACGACACGCUCUUUACAGCAAAGCUCUGCCGCUCGGUUAUGCGUGUUGUUGAAGCCAAAAUCCGCCCGCCUUGGAAGCCAGUACACAGAGAUUCUGGCGUGCUCAAGGAUGAUCUCGUAGGCAUCACCACGGACGGCACAGUGUACGGCUUUGCCAUCCUUGAUGAAAAGACCACGAACCGGCUGCGAUGGCUGCAGAGGCUGUGUCAGCGCAAUCCUGAUAUCUGUCCCUUCACGUACAACACACCGCCCACGGUUACACGAAAUGGAUAUGUCAAAGCUAUACCGGUAGUACUACCGCCUCCUGGCUUUGAAAAUCGCGCUGUUGAUGACCAUGAUGGCAAUGGGGAUGUCUCGAGGAGGCAGAGGAGACACAGACCCAGCGACAUGCAUGUCGAUGGCGAUUUCUUGGUCCGCUUGUUGGAGCAAGACAGUGUGGAACUACUAACCUCAAUCCUCGAUGUUGAGGCCAAGAAGGAAGUUCACGAUCCCAUCUCAAGCUGGGUUCGUGACAAUCUGGAGGCGCAAAAGGCGGAGGUCAAGUCACUGGUUGCAGAGGCGAGGGCUGCUGUUGAUCGAUGGUGGUAA